UGCGCCUGCGCAUUAAGCAGGCUACCAGCAGUUCUGUCAGUGUGUUAGAGGUUAGCUCGUUAGGAAAAACACAUUUCAGACCACAGAGGUGAACUACAUUAGUUUGUUUUCUAGUUUUCAUUUUUCACAAGUCUACAAUGAAUCCGGAUUUAGCAAAAGAGCGACAAAAUGCGACUUUUGACGUCGAUAAACUGACUUAUAUUCUGGACGGGGGCCCUGAAAAGACCAAAAGAAGACGGGAAAUUGAGUCGCUUGUUUUCAACGACCCAGACUUUGCGGAGGAGGACCCAAACUUCCUGUCCCGCAGCGAACGCUUCGACCAGGCCGUUCGGAAAAGUGCCCAGAUGGUCCUGAAGCUCAGAGAGUUUGGGAUCGCUGACCCAGAAGAGAUCUACCACUACAAGAGCAUGGUCACAGGCCACCAUCCAGACGCGCUGGGCCUUCACUAUACCAUGUUCGUGCCGACGCUCCUCAGGCUCUGCGACCCUCAGCAGAAGGAAAAAUGGCUGCCUCUGGCAAAGUCCAUGCAGGCCGUGGGCACGUACGCCCAAACUGAGCUGGGUCACGGAACUCACCUCAGAGGGCUGGAGACCACGGCCACCUACGACCCGGCCACUCAGGAGUUCGUCCUGAACAGUCCCACCGUCAGCUCCAUCAAGUGGUGGCCUGGAGGACUUGGGAAGUCUGCCAACUACGCCAUAGUUUUAGCCCAGCUGUACACUCUGGGGAACUGCCACGGUCUGCACGCCUUCAUCGUCCCGGUCCGGGACAUGGACACACACAACCCCCUGCCCGGCGUUGUCGUUGGCGACAUCGGACCGAAGUUCGGCUUCAAUGAAGUCGACAACGGAUUCCUGAAACUGGAAAACGUCCGGAUUCCCCGAGAGAACAUGCUGAUGAAAUACUCGAAGGUGGAGCCAGACGGGACCUACGUGAAGCCUCCCAGUGACAAGCUGACCUACGGCACCAUGGUGUUUGUCCGCUCCAUGAUCGUCAGGGAGUCGUCCAAAGCGCUGGCCAAGUCCUGCACCAUCGCCAUCCGCUACAGCGCCGUCCGCCACCAGUCGGAAAUCCGCCCGGGAGAGCCAGAGCCUCAGAUUCUGGACUACCAGACGCAGCAGUACAAGCUGUUCCCCCUGCUGGCCACGGCCUACGCCUUCUCGUUUGUUGGGCAGUACAUGACCAACACCUACCAGCGCAUCAAUGAAGAGAUCAACCGGGGCAACUACAGUGAGCUGCCAGAGCUUCAUGCUCUGUCUGCGGGUCUGAAGGCCUUCACCACCUGGGAAGCCAACUCUGCCAUCGAAGUGUGUCGCAUGUCCUGCGGCGGCCACGGUUACUCCAGAAGCAGUGCGUUGCCAGACAUUUACGUGGAGUUCACCCCGACCUGCACCUACGAGGGCGAGAACACCGUCAUGAUGCUGCAGACUGCCAGAUACCUGGUGAAGAGCUACCGACAGGCUAAAGAAGGCCAGCGGCUGAGCGGCAUCGUGUCCUACCUGAACGAGCCGCUGGACCGGAGGCUGCAGCCGCAGGCCGUCGCCGCUCGACCGCUCGUGGUUGACAUCAAUGACCUGAGCAGCCUGGUGGAGGUCUACAAGAUCCGAGCCGCCAUCCUGGUGGAGAUGGCAGCAAAGAGCAUCCAGCAGGAGCUGCAGCGCCGGAAGAGUCAGGAGGACGCGUGGAACAACAGCGCCAUCGACCUCGUCAGAGCCUCGGAUGCUCACUGCCACUAUGUGGUGGUAAAGGCCUUCACAGAAAAGCUGGGGGACGUCGGUGACACGGCGGUGCACGCCGUGCUGUCGGCUCUGGCUCUUCUCUACACCCUCCACGGCAUCACCAGGAACUCUGGAGAUUUCCUGCAAUCCGGCCUGCUGAGCGUGCCGCAGCUGCUGCAGAUCUCCGUCCGCAUCAAGGAGCUAAUGUCCCAGCUGAGGCCCAACGCCGUGGCGCUGGUCGACGCCUUCGACAUCCACGACAAGAAGCUGAACUCCGUCCUGGGGCGAUACGACGGAAACGUCUACGAGAAGAUGUUUGAGUGGGCUCGCCGCUCGCCGCUCAACGCCACAGAGGUCCACGAAUCGUUCCACAAGUACCUGAAGCCGCUGCGCUCCAAACUGUGAGUUCCUCUGAGUCCGACUGAAACCCCCCGACUGCAGCAGAUGACCCGACCCCGGAGCCCACCGACCCGCCUGUCCCGUCUGAGUGAUGGUUGAUCACUUUAGACCAUUUCCAGCCUCCAGACUAACCACGUAACGUGAUGGAGGUUUAGACUGAUCAAGCGGACUGAAGAGUGAGAGACAGGAAGUAAACACAGAAUGAAAUAACGGUUAAAUCAUGCAGAAUAGCUUUAAGAAUAGAAGAUAAAACAGGUUGGCAGCUGAAAUCGUUUCAGUCAAACAGAUCUACAGUUUGAUAAGGAAUCUGUCCUCAUUCAUCAACAACUUGAUGUUUAUUUCUCAAAAUUUUUGCACCAAAAUUCUGCACUUUCCAUCAGAUGUCCGACCCUUUCUUGCACUUUCUGCUCUUAUUAAAUGAUUAAAAGGCUUCACAUUUAUUGGUAGUACGAAUCCCACAUCCAUCAUGAAUAUGUCGAGUCCGUUGGCUCGUUUCUUUCAGUUUCCCUGUUCUUUUUUCAGACUUGGAACAGGGAGAACUCCUACUUCACCCUGAAGAUGGAAACUUUUCUGUAAUCCGUUUUAAAUUUCAUCAGCGACGCCUGAAGGGAAAUAACCUGAAGCUCACAAAAGAAACAGACAAAUCUUGUGGAGAGUCGAUCAGGUUUUCUCUCUUCUUCUAAAGCCAUCGUAUGGUUUAAAUCCCACUUUAAGAGUGAUUUUAACUCUUUAAAAUGAUUAAAUUAGGGGGGGUAUUAUAGCACUUUAUAUUGAUAAAUUUCCCUCCUUUUUUAAUUGGCUGAAAUCUCAUCUUGUUUUCUGCUGUUGGGUCUUUUAUUUUGAAAGUCCGUCUGUGUGUGUUGGUGUUGUGUUUCAGAGAGAGGUGUGUAAUUACCUCCUUAAAUCUGGCCUUAUUGCACGAUGCCACACAUGUACAGUAAAGUCUGCACUACAAUUAUCUCCUACGGUGGGUCGGUCACGCCUCAUUCCAGGACUUGUAGGUUUUUCUUUGAAAUUUGAUUUUUCAGAAUACAAACUUCAAAGAAAUCAUUGGUUAGUACUCUCUGAUUUAUCUUGUCGCUUCACUUCUUGUUUUCAGAAGAAAAUCUAGAAAAAGCAGUCGUUCUUUAGUGACUGAGACAAUUAAAAUGAAUAAAAGUGGUCAAAAAAA